CUUUCGAGCACCAGAGAGAGCAAAUUCUUACUGGUUGGCUGUUUGAGCAUUAAUUAGCCCGCACUUGACGACUCUAUUGGCCAUCCCCCGAUUGCGGUGGCCACCGACUGGGGGACUCGCUGUGAACGGGCCAAGUAUAGUUCCAUCUCCUGAGCGGAUCCGGCACAAUCUGCAUACGAAUCCGUGUGUCCACCUGUCGCGAGAAUAAAAACCAGUAACACCGCAACGAACUAUGUCAAGGGAAGGUCUCGGUUUGCCACGCGGAAUCGGUCAACGGGAUUACGGAGCCAUGAGCAGUACGGCAGGAGGGACGGGCUCGACGGAUGCCAACUUCGGGGGCUUCAGUCCGACCGAGUUCAUUUCGCUGAGCGAAUCGAUCGCGGCCAACACGAUCUUCGUGAAGCAAAGCUGGCAGUCUCUGGAGAAGGCCAACCGAACGGUCGGUACGGCCAAGGAUAAUCAGUCGCUGCGGGAUAAAAUCACCGACAUCCAAACGGGAACGAACCAGCGGAUCACAUCCACUACGAACGACCUGCAGCGGCUAACGGCGGUGUUAACGGGAUCUACACGCGGUGGUGACAAACAGCAGAGACUCCAGGUGGAGAAACUGACCUCCGAUUUCAAGCAUGUGGUUGAGUUCUACUCCAAGAGCCAACAGAGCAUAGUGGCCAAGAUGAAGCAGGUGUUUCUCGUGAACGCCUCGCAGGCAGACGAUCAGGCCUCGUACGGUAUGGGUGACAGCUCCAGCUCGUCCGAGCUGUUGCAGAAACAGAUGCAAAUCCAGCAGAGCCUCCAGUUCGAGCAGGACAUGCUGGUGGAACGCGAACAGCGCUUCCGUCAGAUUGAAGAGAAUGUGCUGGACGUUAAUGUGAUCAUGCAGAAACUGAGCAACCUCACCAGCCAGCAGAGUGAAGUCAUUGGUACGGCCCACGACCCCGGGUUUGCGCCUGUUGCCACAGUAUGCCCCAACAACAGUUUGCCCUUCGUUUCUUUUGCAGACACAAUCGAAAACUCGAUCGGACGAACGGCAGAGAAUGUGGAGGACGGCGCACAGGAGCUGGCGAAGGCGGCCACGUACCAGAACCGGUAUCGCCGCAAGGUGCUGAUACUGCUGGUGAUCGCUGUGAUACUAGGACUAAUCGUAACCGGCACCAUUGUGUCGAAGCUUAAAAACUAAAACCGUCGGGCAAGGGGCCGGCUAACAUUUUCUUUGUUGAAAGAUUGUUUCACACGUAUCGCUCGGUGGUUGAUGUGUUUUUCAUUUUACGGUUUAUCCUAAGACCCCCGCCGUUUUAGCGCCAUUUUUGUUUGCUUGCUUUUACACUACUUUUUAAUGAUUGAUUUCCUUUUUCACCCAUUCCGGCGUGGCAUACAUACUCUCAUUUACGUGCUUACGCACUCGCAUCGAAUAAUCAAAAUAGCGUUUAUGUGGCCAAGUGUUAUCGGGGGAGGUGUUGGCGUUGGCGUUGAAUUUGUCAGUCGUUCGAUAGGAAAAUAAAGUUUAUAUUACACCACGCAUCCACGCACUCAGUCGGAUGCUUUAUCGGUUGAAUCUUGA